UUGAUCUGCCUUGAUGUUAUACACUUCAGUAAUGGUACCUUUAUUUUUUGGUUGUGUUGCAUGAUAUGAUAGGAAAGAAGUAAAUACUGAGCUAACUCUUAUGCUAGCCACAAGCUAGUUAGUGUCUUAUCUUAGCUAAUAGGUCAUCAACUGUGUCGUUUUACAUUCAUAUUGUCUUUGCAUGUGAGUUUAGUAGUUUAACUGUGAAGCAGUGACAUGAGUCUAUUCUGUUAUUAGUGCGGACCAAAUGUAAUGCUAGCUAGAAAGUCUUUGGAUUCUAACGUUAGCUAUUCUCUUAGGCUUUGCUAAUAGGUUAUCAAUCAUGUUAUUUUACCCUAAACAAGUCUUUUAGUUGUUGUUUUUUUCUAUCAAGAGGCAGUAAUAUGAUCUUUAUUAAUUAGUCAAUUUUUAUUUAUUUGGAGUGCAGCAGUAGCUACAUCAUUACAGCAAUGUUUAAACAUCCCACCCUGACAAAGGUAAGAUUUCAAUACAUCAGUAGUAAUCUUUUCUGUAUGAAUUACCCCCAUAAGUAAAAUACUGCUAAAGAAUCAAAAACAUUUUUGUUAUGCUUAAAUCAUUCAUGGGUGAUGCAUUUUAUCAGACUGAGUUGGCCACUUGUUAUUUGAAUAUAUUUUUUAAGUCCUUUUUUGGUAAUGGGUUACUUUUACAUUGUGGUUUUCAUAGUGUUCACUACAGGAUGUUAAUACUUCUUCUAUCCCAGCUACUUCUAAAAUUGCCUGCAUCUGCACAUACUGAGAGUAAUGGAAUAGCAUCAUGGAAAAUAACUUGCGCUAUAAAACAGGAUUGGAGGAAUCAAUUUUGAUCAAAUUGCUGUGUUCAUACAGAUCAUAAUGUUCUUAUAAUGUGUUUUUGAUGUGAAGUGCUUAGAGCUGCACUUCAGCCGCUGAUGUCAGUGCACAAAAAUGUAGCUGCAGUGUCCCAGAUGUAACCACAUGAGUACAGAAUACUGCAGCGGCUGCCAAGUCUGUGUGCAGGAUCCUGAUAGAUAAUCAGCUCAAGUUAAUGACUCAAAUGAAUUUCCUUUUUCUAACAGCUAAUUUACUAAAGUACAGGCUGUAUGUGCGCCUUUGAACUAAUGCUGAGGAAUGCUGUUGUGGGCUUAAAGUCUUAACUCCUCGUUACACAUCAAUCGGUUUAUUUAUUCAUUGCACGUUAAUGCAUUUUUAUGAGCAUCUAGUUGUUGUUUUCAACCGUUCCUCCUCUUUCAAGUGAGGCUUUUUUUUCUCUUCUUCCUUUUUUUGAAUUAAUAUUUAUAGGUACUGGCUGUCUGUUUGUGAAGUCAGUCUUCAGGAAUUCCCAGUGUGGGGUCCCAGGCCUCUAACCAGACUUAACCUCGCCUUCCAGAUGAAAGCUGCUCUGAGAGAGACGGUGUUGUUUGGCCCGAGCAGCAGAGCCUUGCCUUCAGACAGCAGGAAUGUGGGAUGUCUGGAGUGGGGGUCAGGAAGCGAGGAAAGAAUGCCAAGUAUGUCCAUGUUUGUCCAGGGCCGGCUCUCCAUUCAGCCCCCAGUGACGUGCUCGCAGGGCCAGCGAGUAUAAAAGGAGCUGGGCUGUGCAGUCAGAACUCAGAUCAACCCCUCUACCGAAGCUAAACUCUAGCUUUCACCAAGAACAGAAAGAAAGGACGGACUGUUACCGGAGCUACAAGACGAAACCAGACAACAGAUCAACUUGAUCAGAAGAGGUUUCUCAAGCUCAAACUGAGACUAAAGGAAGACUUUCUCCAGGAAACUUAAGGAAAACUAGAAUUUAUUUCUACAAGAAAGAAAAUAUGUCUGCUGGGAUGAAGAAGAUGAUUUUGCUGCCUUUUAUGUGCAUCCUGCUCUCACACAUGGCUGCAGGUCAGGAGUGUAGCAACCAGUGUUCGUGCCCCUCCACUCCCCCUCAGUGCCCCCCAGGAGUGAGUCUGGUGUUGGAUGGCUGCGGCUGCUGUAGGGUGUGCGCCAAACAGAUGGGGGAGCUGUGCACGGAGAAAGAUGUGUGUGAUCCACACAAAGGCCUCUACUGUGACUUCGGAGCCCCCAUUAACAGACGCAUAGGCGUGUGCACAGCUCGCGAUGGAGCCACCUGUGUUUUUGGAGGCAUGGUGUACAAGAGCGGAGAGACCUUCCAGAGCAGCUGCAAGUACCAGUGUACCUGUUUAGAUGGCGCUGUUGGCUGUGUGCCUCUUUGCUCCAUGGACAUCCGCCUGCCCAGUCCUGACUGCCCCAUGCCCAGACGAGUCAAGGUGCCAGGGAAGUGCUGUGAAGAGUGGGAGUGUGAUUCUCCCUACAGACAUAGCUUCAUGGGCUCUGCUUUAGCUGCCUACAGAGAAGAGGAGACCUAUGGUCCAGAUCCCUCCAUGAUGAGGGAGAACUGCCUGGUUCAGACGACCGAAUGGAGCGCCUGCUCAAAGACUUGUGGCCUUGGGAUCUCCACCAGGGUCACCAACGAUAACCGUGACUGCCGUUUGGAGAAACAGACCCGAUUGUGUAUGGUGCGACCAUGCGAGUCCCAGCUGGAGCAGAGCAUCAGGAAAGGGAAAAAAUGCAUCCGCACCCCCCGACUCUCCAAGCCAAUGAAGUUUGAGAUCUCUGGCUGCACUACCACCAAGUCCUACAGGCCUAAGUUCUGCGGCGUCUGCCUGGACGGCCGCUGCUGCACCCCACACAGAACCACCACCCUGCCCAUGGAGUUCAAAUGCCCCGACGGACAGGUGAUGAAGAAACACAUGAUGUUCAUCAAGUCCUGUGCCUGCCACCACAACUGUCCAGGGGAGAACGACAUCUUCGAGUCCAUGUACUACAAGAAGAUGAUGGGAGACAUGGCGUAAAAAAGCCACUGACAGACUGACGAUCGCAGCUUAUGACUUGAAAACAAACAGAACUCCAUCUCAUUUUGCAGCUCAGUAUAUAUGUUUUAUUUUGUCAUUUUCUCUUUGUUAAAGUAGUCAAGACACUUGCGUAAGUGUCUGUGUGUUUCGUAUGGCUGACAUCAGCCGCAUAGACUCGGACAGAGGGCUGCAUAGCAGCUCCAAGAGAUUCCUGCACUAUAACUUGUAUGUUUGACGUACCUACUGUCAGGUUUCCGCCCUUAGAUCCCUUUUUACAAACCCGUCCUUUAUACUGUAAGCAUCUUUAUCUAAACCAUGACCCCCUCUCUAAAUGAGGUGUUUAAUUAACCCCUCCUCCCACCCUCCCAGCCCA